AUUCUUUUCACCCCAUCUUUUUGCAUCAGGUUCUUAAAAAAUAUGAGUGUUAGAAAUCAAACAGCUGCCUCGGAAUUCCUUCUCCUGGGACUGACAGAUGAUCCGAAGCUGCAGUUUCUCAUUUUCAGCCUGUUCUUGUCCAUGUACCUGGUCACCUUUCUAGGAAACCUGCUCAUCAUCCUGGCUGUCGUCUCUGACUCCCACCUCCACACCCCCAUGUACUUCUUCCUUUCUAAUCUGUCAUUUAAUGACAUCUGUUUGAGCACAACCACGGUCCCAAAGAUGCUGGUUAACAUCGAAACACAGGAUCAUAGCAUCACUUAUGCAGGGUGCCUCUCUCAGCUCUGCUGUUUCUUGAUUUUUAGUGGCUUGGAAAAUUGUCUUCUUGUGGUAAUGGCCUAUGACCGCUAUGUGGCCAUUUGUCACCCUCUGAGGUACACAGUCAUCAUGAAGCCUCAACUCUGUGUCUUGCUCGUUCUACUCUCCCUACUCAUCACCUCCAUGCAUGCCCUGCUCCACACUCUGAUGGUGCUGCGGCUGUCCUUCUGCACAGACCCGGAAAUUCCCCACUUCUUCUGUGAACUUGCUCACGUCAUCAAAAUCGCCUGUUCUGAUGCCUUCAUUAAUAACCUUCUGAUAUAUUCUGUGGCUGGCCUGUUUGCUAGUGCUCCUCUUUUUGGAAUCAUUUUUUCUUACAUUCACAUCGUGUCGUCUAUCUUGAAGAUGCCAUCCUUGGGAGGAAAGUACAAAGCCUUCUCCACUUGUGGGUCUCAUCUCUCCAUUGUCUCCUUGUUCUAUGGGACUGGAUUUGGAGUGUACAUCAGCUCUGCACUGAUGGAAUCAUCCAGGAGGGCUUCAGUGGCUCCAGUGAUGUACUCUGUUGUCACUCAGAUGCUUAACCCCUUUAUCUAUAGUUUGAGGAACAGGGACAUGAACAAUGCUCUGAGGAAGCACAUCAGUGUGAUAAUCUGUGCUAUAGGAUGA